AUGUCUGAUAUUGGCAGUGCUGAUGAGGGAGUCAUUACAGGCUCAAAAUACAACGCCCCAAGCAACAUGGAAAGUGCAGGACGCGGUGAAUUUGAUGUCUCUAGUAAAGCCCAACAAGGACAAGCUGAACAAGAAUUGGCUACAAAAAUGUUGCAAAUUCAAUCGAAGCGGUUCUAUUUAGAUGUGAAACAAAAUCGUCGAGGACGUUUUAUUAAAGUAGCUGAGAUUGGCGCCGAUGGUAGAAGAAGUCAAGUAUAUUUGGCUUUAUCAACUGCUGCUGAGUUUCGUGAUCAUCUGUCUACAUUUAGUGACUAUUACGCUUCGUUAGGCCCUCCUAACCCUGAAAAUUUACCCGAGGAUGGAAAGCUUAAAUCGGAAAUGAUGACUAAAGAUAAUCGGCGCUACUAUUUGGAUCUGAAAGAGAAUGCACGCGGUCGAUUUUUAAGAGUUUCGCAAACUAUUACAAGAGGUGGACCUCGUUCUCAAAUAGCCAUACCAGCUCAAGGUAUGAUCGAGUUCCGUGAUGCACUUACUGAUCUCUUGGAAGAGUUUGGCACUAGUGAUGGGGGAUAUAAAGGAGAUUUGCCUGAAGAGCGUCACAUGAAAGUUGAUAAUAAAAACUUUUAUUUUGAUAUCGGGCAGAACAAUCGCGGAGUGUAUAUGCGCAUAAGUGAAGCGGAAUUGGUCUGUGCUUCAGCCAGACCACUGGUGAUACAUGUUGAUAGAUACAAGCCAUCGACGAUGCAUCGGUGUGAAAGUAAGUAGCAGCAGUAGUAGUAAGAAGAUAACGUUAUCAGCUUGAAUUCGGCGCGGCAAUUGCCUUAUGUGGGACUAUUCGUCUAUUUCACGUGGAUACUUGGGCGUAUAUAAAAGUUUAAUGUGAUAAAUAUGUAAUUAAAAAAAUUGUUGGAUUUACGAGUUUAACUAAUUAAGAGAACGAUUACAAAUUCAAUUUGUAGUACUCACUAUUACGGUAUAAGGAAAAGAAUUGUAAUGAGUACUUCACUUUAUACUAUAAAGAUCGUUAAAUACACAAUCCAGAUUUUAAUAAGCUAUUUUCAACGCGAUUUUCGUAUGUUUCUCGAUUGAUUAUUUCAAAGUUUAAAAUGGCUAAACGUUUAUGUUUAUUUCAGAGGCUUCGUAAAUAAAAUGCAUUUAAGAAAAUGAUCUGCGCAAUAGACUUUAAUGAAAGAUAAAAUGUUAUUGCAAAUCUCGAAAUGGACUAGACACCUACGUUAUGAUCAAGUUUCAUGUCUUAAAAAAUAUUAAAUAAACAGAAAUAAUAUCAUUUAUCAUAAUGCAUAAAGGGGAAAAUAUGAUAAUAUUAGAAAAUUUCAAACGGUUUUCCUUUAUCCCUUAGCAGGCUACUAUUAAGAAAAGCGACGAUUUUUGUAUUUCAAAUGAGAUAAGGUUGCCAGUAGUGAGCAUCCAAGAUUGUUUCAAGACGAAAGUAAAUAUUGCUAAAUCAAAUCGAAUAAAAUCAAAUUUUAUUUCAUCCUCUGGAAAAUUUACUGAGACUAGAACUAGUCUUUGCUUUUCAAUAAAAUUCGGGGGGAAUGUUUUUUAUUAAGCUAUAGUAGUUAAUUCUUUCCAUACUCAUUAUUGAUGUGUAGACAUGAUGCAACUUUGACAUUCCGAUUGUAAUAUCAGGAAAUGAGAUUUGGAAAAUUAAAGUUUUUAAUUUAAAAAAAUUCGAUAACCCAUGGAAAUUAAGGCGCACAUCUAACAGAGUAGUAAUAAUACUUGAAAAAGCCUAAAAAAGAAAAAAGCGUAAAUUUCAACAUAUUAAUUGAAACGCUCAAGACGGAAUAAUUACUGUACACUUUUAAAUAAUUCAUUCUUUAUAUACCUAUCUCCUUUAGCAUUUGUGGUAAAAUAAAACACCUGGUAUUUUUUAGACUACGGAAUGUUUUUAUUAAUAAGCUACAAGCAGACGUCCGUAUAAAGUUUAAAUAUCUAUACGAGGCGUCCAAGAGUUAAAGAUCUUUUACUAUCAAUAUUUCGUGCUAAAUUGAAUGUAACCUUUUAUUUGCUUGAUUUAUUUCUGUUUUUUUUUUUUUAAUGCUGAUCUUAACCGUUUUCAUUUGUGCGUGCAUAUGUGCAUAAUGUUGUACAUAUUUAAUGAAGGUCUUAGCAAAUGUAACUUAAAAAAUUUCAUAUGCAUAUGUAAGUGUAUAUGUAUAUACAAAUUUUAGUUAAUAAGAGGUGUAAACAACAAAGAUAUAUAUUAUAAUACAAACGCAAAAAAUAACAUUAAAGUAAAACGAAACAAAAAACUAGAAUGUUUAAAUGUAUUGUAGUGAUAUUUAGUAUACAAUAAAUUAUUCAUUAUCUUCUUCUUACAAAUUUUAACUAUUUUAAAUUUCACUGAUCUAUAACCAUUGCAACGCAAUUAACUUAUAAAUGUUAAAGCAUAAAUUAUGAUUAUAUAAAUUAUUAAUAUUUUUGUAAUUUCCAGUUUUCUAGAAUAGCAAUAGAAAAAUUAAAAAU